AUGCCCAUCUGCAUCGAGUGUCGACACCCGGUCAAGACGCUAUGGACCAAGUACUCGAAUGCCGAUGACAAGUCUAGCGGUCACAAUAUUCGCUUGACUGUUUGCAGAAACUGCGGUCACUUUUGCGAUAAAUAUGUCGAGCAUGAUUUCGUCGUGCUUUUUAUUGACCUAGUUCUCAUCAAACCCCAGGUCUACCGUCACCUACUUCACAAUACCUUAAUGAAGGACGAUGACCGAUUUGAUGCAAGUCACGAAUGGUCUUCCAUCGUGCGACUCGGAGUUUUACUGCUGUUGUUCGACGUGUACUUGACAUGGGCGCGCAUCGAGAAACAGACGGUUCCUGCAUCCGCUAAAGACGAAGGCGCCAGUUUGGGCAGCCUGACUCAACAGUCCAUUGUGUCGCAAUACCUCUUCUUCUUAAUUCUCUGUGCUCUGUCGACAUUUGCCUUCCAUAUGAGCAUCCGGUUCAUGACCUCUUCUGCCUUCUCUCCACUAGGCAUGCUCAAUGUCCUGCCUCGAUACUCGCGCCCCAACUCUGUCUCGACCGCGCUACUCGUCUCAUCCUCUACCAAGCUCUUCCCGAUCCUUAUGGUUAUAUGGCAGUAUGAUGUUCCAGCCGCGGCGCGAUCGCUUGGCUGGGCCGUGGUAGCGAACAACGUCGAGGCACUCCGUAUUUUGCUGGAUUGUGGCUAUGGCGUCGCCACAUUACUGGCCACAACAGGAGCUCUGGCGCGCUGGGCGGUAGGACGCAGCGUUCUGUGGGCUGCUGGACUAGAUGGCGUCGAUUCCAUUGGCGAGACCAGCAUUGCUGCGGACGGUAAGGCCCUCUGGGCUCUGUUGAUGUAUGCCAGGGAAUGGGCGAGUGACUUGGCUGCCGGGUAG